AGUGAGGUCCUUGUGCCGAGCACGUGUGCUUUGUUUUGCAACGUAAUGACGCCACACGCAGAAGACAGGAAGUAACUGGAAUCUAAAGCAUGUAAACAAGACAAAUGUUUCCCGUGUACACCAAGAGUAACAAACAUGGGUGUGAAAGGUCUUCAGUCUUUCAUGGAGCGCUGCUGUCCGGAUACCUGUGUGACUGUGGACCUGAGAGAAAUGGCCAGACAACAUGUUGCCCAAACCCCAGCUAACACUUCCAGCCCCACACUUGUUGUGGAUGGUAUGGCCUGUCUGUGCCACUGGUACAGAUGUCAGGACUGGAUAUGUGGAGGGCAGUGGAGGGAGUACAUGGAUUUGCUGAAGAGCUGGGUGGAGGCCUUCAUCUCAGCAGGAAUAAGAUUAGUCUUCUUCUUUGAUGGAGUGGUGGAGGAGCAGAAAAGAAAGGAGUGGGCGAAGAGGAGGCGCAGAGUGAACGGGGAGAUUUCUAAAGUAUUUCGUCACCUGAAGGGGCACGGUGAGCAGCCUGGUAGAGCGCUGUUUGUUUUGCCUUCUGGUACGGCAUCUUUCACACGCUUUGCUCUCAGGUCCCUUGGCCAGGAAGUGUUUUGUUCAGUGAGGGAGGCUGACUAUGAGAUUGCCAGAUAUGCUCUUCAGCAUAACUGUAUGGGCAUCCUGGGCCAGGACUCAGACUUUAUCAUAUACGACAGUGCUCCAUACUUAUCUGUAGCAAAGCUGCGGAUUGACACGCUCACCACAGUCCUGUAUGACAGACAGAGGCUCUGCCAAACCAUUGGAUUGGCUAUUCAUCAGCUACCACUGCUGGCCUGUCUCCUAGGAAAUGAUGUGGUGUCUGAGGAGAAGAUGAUGAACAUUAGAAACAACGCCAUGGCAACCUACAGGAUGAACAAGCCUUCACCACACUCUGGUGCUAAUCAGGGGCAAGUGGUGCUGGCUGUAUCCCACCUUGUGAGCUCAGUGUGGGACAGAGAGGAGGAAGAGGCCGGGCUCCUUUCUCUGAACCUGUCAGCUCCUCUCACAGAGCUGCUGCAGAGAGGAAUGAGCUCCUACAUAUUACCUGGACAGGAGGCUCUUCAGUGGGGUGAUUUCUCUACAGCUUCCUCUGCUGCUGUAUUUGAGAAACAUGUUAGUGCAGAAAUAUUGAAGGCCUGUAGGGAGAAGCAUGUAGCAGCAGAGGGUUUCAUGGUUUACAGUAUUGUGUGCGAGGGCGUCAUUGAAUGUAGCAACACUUUGGAGGAUGAAGAGGACACUGAACUGCUGCCUCAAGCCUUUGUCCUUAAGGCCUGCAGACAACGCAUCUAUGGGCUGGUGCUGCUGCAUGGGCAUGAUGGUUCAAAUGUUAACCUCCCAGCUAUGAAGGAAUGGUUUGUCUACCCUGGAAACCCUCUGCAGGAGCCUGACAUGGUCCAUCCUGUCCCAAUCAGUCUCACAGGUGAUCAGCCCAGUCUGGACUUACUCUGGUUCGGCACUGGUCCUGAAGUUUCUGCUCUCCGCCUCAACUCCUUCUUAUCAAUUUUUGAUUGCCAGCAGCUCUCAGACUUGCAUGGAGAAGUUGAAGACUCUCUCCUGGCUGCUCUCUGCCUCAUCACUUACAUAGCCCUCCAGGUAAACACUUUGUCUCAAGAGGAUGUUGAUGCUUACCUGAGUCAGGCUGUGUGUGUGAGAUUAAAAUCCACUCAGGAGCUUCAACACAUCAAGCUUCCCGUCCUCUGCAGCCGUGCGGUGCAGCUGGGAUCUCUGUACAUCCGAGGACUGGGACACCUGCUGGGUGCUAACUGUGCCUGUGGCUGCCCGCUGCCCAGCGCUGCCCUGAUGCCUUGGAACAGCUUUGACGGACGUCUGUUCCACUCAAAGUACCUGCUGGCACACGGAGGCGCAGAGAAAACUGUGCUGCUGGAGAGCGAUUCAUCCUGUCUGAAUCUGUUUCUUCGCUUGAGAGAAAAACUCACAGAAACUUGCAGGAAUCGAGGCAGAGUCCUUCAGUCCAGACCCAAACCACCAGAGCAAAGUCAUAAAACCACACCAGGACCCAGAUACAGAGAGAGACACUCAGGUGGGCCCUCAGAAAGUGAUGAGAACUGGAGGCAGAGAGGAGAAAACACAGGAGGAUGGAGGGAGAGGGAGGAGAUGAGAGGAAGAAGAAGUGGUUAUGGAAACAGAGAGUGGCAGAGAGGAGGACACAGAGGAGGGAUGAGAGGAGGCCAACAUUUUCACCCUCAUCCUGAGUCUUAUCCUAACUUUCAGGAUGGAGGACACCGCAACACAAGCCAUCGUUCAUAUCAGUCCAGAGGAGGAUCUUACAGCAGCAGAGGGAGAUACCAGCUGGCCCCGAGAUGGUCUCAGCCUCAUGGUCCAGGAACCUAACUCCAGCCUGAACUACAGAGGAGAGAGGAGGAGGAUUAGAGGAGUUAAGAGGAUGGAGAAGAUGUGAUGAAAGGCGUGAAGGAAUCCCAUUUCUCUGAACAAACUGAUUAGUUAAUAAUCUGUGAGGAAUGUUUACCUACUGGAUACAGUAAGUGAAGGAAUGAAGAUCAAGAGGAGGGAGAACGAAGAGAUUAGGUCACUUAAUUUUCCAGUAUUAACUGAAUUAUGCUUCUUUUUUUCAUCUCAAAUGAAUCCUCUGUAGAAAAGUUUUAAAGACAGUCACCCAAAACAUCAGUUUAUCUCAGGGAGAGUAACCAGUGACCGUAGGAAUGAGGACUCUCUGAACAAACACAGGAAUGAGCCUCAUCAAACACAGAGAGGUGGAUUAAUGGCUAAUCCCCAAGCCUGUUUUUACCUCUUAUCUUAGUAAUUAAAAGGGAAGAGAUCUUGAAAGCGGUGUGGCUCAAGCAACAUAAUCAUUUUACAUGAGAGUGAUUUUAAGAAGAAAAGCAGUAAUGCUGGUAUCGAAUAUUGACUGAAAUAAGGCAUCAGUAAUAGAUCUGUUACUACGGAGACGUAUUAGGGUCAGGGAUGAGAAAAAUAAUCGAUGGAAGGAGUUUUUAUAUUUCAUCAUACACUUCAGUACAUUUGAAGGAGCCAUAAUGUUGCUUUUCAUGUCUUAUUUGUUAAUCAUGAUUAUUUCCUUUGAUGGUUGACUUAAUUUCUGGUUUUGGAUUCAUGGGUGUGGUUUACCUCUUAUCUACCUGUUCAGUUGUGUGGCGAGAGGCAUACACAGAGGGUGAGUGGGGUUAUAUAUUUUCUGUUGACCGCCACCGUCAUUGCCAUUAUUAUCGUUUAUUUAGAUAUUUUUAGAUAUUAAAUUAUUUUGAGUCUUUUGUUAAUAAAUAGAAAACUUUCCAUGGACUUUGAUUUUGAUUUAUGGCAAGACGCGUCAGAAACAUGAGCCAACUUAGUCUCAGCGUCACUUUUCAAUCUUAGCCGCUUCAAAAUCAUCAAACACAUUGUAAGCAUUUAGAAAGGCAAGAUGCCAUUCCUGCGCUGUCUGUAGAGGUUUUAAGUUGCAUGAGAUUUUAGCUUAGCUGAUACCAUCUGGGCUAAUAUCAAUUGUUCACAAACGUUAAAAAAAGUUGCCCUCAUUGAGUCUUUCUUCUUAAUUUUGUUUUAGAUCAGUCUUAAAAUUUAGAGCAUUUUUCUAAACUGAGCUGUGCGCUAAGAAAUAGAACCCCCCACUCCUAUAGUUGCUAACAAUACCUGCAUUGCAGUGAAUCACCUCAGCAGAGAGAGAAGUCCUGGGCUCAGACUCUGCUAUCUGUGACAGGUUUACAUGAAAGCCGUGUAUCUUACUGCAGCUCAUGUUAAGGUUAUUUCUAAAUAUGUGGAUAAUUAUUAUUGUUUAACACCUCAAAUGUUACUUAUGUCAGUGUAUGAUACAUUGCUAACUAGCAUGUGUUUGCCAUAGCUCAUAUAGCAUUAACCAAUAGCUUCUUGCUAAUGUCAGGGAACUUUAUUGAGUUUCAUUUCUCUCAUUCCCAGCUCUAAUACUGCUCCAUAAGAAACUGAAUACAAAAGUGACCAGGGACAGAAAUGACUGAAGACUGUGAGUUAUCUAAGUGGCUAAAAUUAGAGUAUACGGUUUAUACAUUGCACUGUUUUAUACAUUUUUGUCGAUGAAUUGUCUUGAUUCCGAGCCGUGUUUGAUAAAUGAACACAUAAUUUUUUUUUAACCUGAAGUUUCUGUUCAUUCAUUAUAUCUUAUAUCUAGGUGUGUAAUGUUGCUGUUAAAACACAACAACAAAUCAAACAUUUUGAUAAUUUCUUCAAAUCCAUAUUUCCCAGUAAUCCAAUGUUAGUAAAUUUUGGUAAACUCAAAGACUGAAACAACGUUUUUCUUUUCUUGAAUGAGCUUGGACCACUUUCUGAGCACAAGAUUACAUUUGACAUCUUUAAUAAAGAAAUGAGUCAAGUUAA